GGAGGCCCAUAUCUCACACGAUACUUGACCUUAACUGAUUCUGUUUGCAUCUCUUGCAAAAUAUAUUCCCUCCUUGACAUCUUCAUGGUUAAACAUCUAAACAAUGUCAUGUUUGUUUAUUUUUUCAAAGAUCUGGGAUGGUACCUACCUCAGCUAAAAUUUUUGUAAACAAACCUUUCCCCCUCUAUUAUAAACUCAGUAUGCACCAUAGAACUUGGUCAUAAAUAAACAUGGAUAGGUCUAGAUUGUUAGGCAACAUCCGGUGGGAGAAAUGUGAUUAUGUGUUAGGGAGUGUGGUGCUACAGUCGGACCUCUUCUUGUAUGGUGAAGUUUGGAGGCUUUUGUUUCCGUAACGAGAUUGCUCAGUUCCUAGGAGACAAUGAUGGAUAAAUGUCAAGUAGCCAGUCUAACCAUGGUCGCAGAACUGAACAAUUAUGUGCUUACAACACACACAACUCCAGUGUUAAUCGACGGCAACCUAUCAAACUACUUGCACCAGGCGUUCCAGUACCUACUGACAGGUCGUGUAAGAGAACAUAUCAAAUCACCUGUAUUCCAGCUCCGAUUUCAGAGUGACAGAGAACGGCCUUGGCGUCCAGAUGAUGAGAGCAUAACAUGUUUGUUUCGGUCUCGGCAGAGCAAACAUCGCCUUCAUCCUUGCAUCGCCCCAGUGCCAGGUAGUGCUGCUGGUGUCAGGACACUGCACCUGUCAAAGAAUGUCUCAGGACGCCUCCUCUGCGGUGGAGUCAAACGUCCUCCAACGCAAAGCCUACUUUUUGCAGAAAAUAAACAGCCAGAACAAAUCUCACAUUCUUACCAUUACUAUUAA